CCUUUCAACGCAUUCUCUCUUGUUUCUUCUCACUUUUGAUCUCCAAAAACAAACCUUAAAACUUCAUUGCCAUUUGCCCGGAACCCAAAAUCUAACAUAUUUUUUCUGUUUCUGAACGUUUAUACUUUAUUGUAGCCGUUAUAUACAUGUUUGUUCAAGUGUAGUUUUUGGGCAUUUGAGAAGAGAAGAAGAAAAUGGAGAGGUUUUCGCAACGAGAGAGCGUUCUUUUGGGCUACAGCCUCCAGAGGACGUUGAUGAUGAACUCUGGCUCUUCUCCCAAAACGACGCCGUUCAGGAACUCCGACGUCGACUUCCACGACGUCUUUGGGGGCCCACCGAGGCGGUUCUCGAUGCAGGAGGUACGGCACAGCUUCAACGACGUCAACGACUCCAAUAUUGCAUCGAAAGGAAACGACGAGGAGUGGUCCGGUUUGGGAGAAAAACCGGUUUUCGGAGAUGAGGGUCUGAACCGGAGGCGGUACCAGAGCGCAGACUUUUUCGACGACAUUUUCGGUGGCGACGUGUCUGCGAAUUCUACUCCGAAGAGGCAUGGCCGUGACUAUGUUUUCCCUACUUCGCCGAGCUCCAGAGUUCUCAGCCCUCUGCCACCAAAAGCUGAUGAGCCUUUUGCGAGUUCUUCGCUUCUUUCUCAAUUCAGCCUACCUGCAAAAGUGAACAAAGGGGCGGAAUUACCAACAUUUGGUUCCGCUGCUCGUAGCCCAUAUAAACAUAAGGACGGUUCCUCAAAUGGGAUAAGCUAUUCGUACUCUUCUGGUACUUCUCUUUCUAGAUUUUCAAGCGAAGCGAUCCAAGGUUUCGAGUCAAAAAACGACAUUCGAUCAUCUCAUGAACAAAGUCCUCUAUCAGAGGAAGUUCCUCAUACUAUCAGUGAGGUGUCGUCAAACUUGACUGCGGAAUCCGAUAAAACAGGUACAGGAAGCAAUUUGAAAAAGGAUUCAGAGAGUUCAGAAAACUCUACCAAUAGCAGCAGCCACUUCCAUUUUUCGAUAUACAAGUGGGCAGGCAAAGGGGUGCCAUUGGACUUGCCAAUUAGAUCAGGAAAGAGUAGUUCAACAAGGUCAAAAGAAACGGCUAAAUCUGAGCCAUUUUCAGGAAAUAGUGAAGGUAUAGAUAAGGAGGAUGGCAUGGAAAGCCAAUCAUCUAAAACCCCUUUGCCUGAUUCUUCCUCUAAAAAUGAACCGAAUAAACUAGAAAAUGAUUUGCCUCUUCAUGAAGCCAAAGAGGAGAAAGUAAAACCAAGUCAAGUUUCUGUGCCUCAAUCAGAGCCUCAAAAACUUGAGGUGAAAUCUAUUCGUUCUCUGCUCUUUGAUGAUCAUUUGGAACGAGGCAGUGUUGAAGCGACUAAAAUGGGUGGUCAAAAGGAAAGAAUAUUGACCAAAAGCACCAAAGAUUCAACUUCUUCAGUUAUUGGUUUCACUAAAACUGCGAAGAAACAGGAAAGGAACAAUGUUUCUAUGAGCAGUUCAGAAGUGGAUAAAGUCAGUGCUCCUCAAUGUUCACCUAGGAACCCAAGAGAGAGUAACGGGAGGAGUAGAGUUAAGGGAAAGGUUAGAGAAUUUGUCAGGAUGUUCAACCAAGAAGCUUCACCAAAUCCGAAAGAUGGACUUAAAUUUCGAAGUCAGAGCUGCAAAUGGAAUAAGAAAUGCGUUUUUGAAGAUGAACCAAGUAAUAACACGAAUAAAACAGAUGAGAAAUUACAGAUGGAUGAAGAUCUCAAGCAGUCAACAAAAGUACACGCUUUUGGACAGGUCAACCAAGCAUCCAAAAAUACUGGUUCAUAUCCAGUUGGCUCUAAGUCUGUAGUUGAAGAAACAGAUGAGUCCUUCCACGAGACCUUCCAGAUAAAAGUACUACCCCAAGAUGAGAAUGAGCUGCUCGGAGCUGGCACAAAAAAUCAAGAAAUACAGGAUAUAGAUGCUAAAAUACGACAAUGGACAAAAGGCAAGGAAGGAAAUAUACGUUCGUUAUUAUCAACUCUACAAUAUGUACUAUGGCCUGAGAGUGGGUGGAAAGCUGUUCCUCUUGUUGAUAUAAUAGAAGGAAACGCCGUGAAGAGAGCUUAUCAAAAGGCUUUACUCUGUUUGCACCCAGAUAAGCUUCAGCAAAAGGGUGCUGCUUCAUACCAAAAAUACAUUGCAGAAAAAGUUUUUGACAUUUUGCAAGUGUUCCUUCCAAGAGAAAAGAUCAUUAUUGCUGUAACAUGUUUCCGGUUCAGCUGCAUUUGGUGUAGGAAGUAUUUGGGACGUGGCACUUCUGUUGCAUCUGGUGCAGGAAGUAUUUGGGACAUGGCAUAA